AUGCUCAUUAACCGCUGGCUAUUCUCUACAAAUCAUAAAGAUAUUGGAACUUUAUACUUGUUAUUUGGCGCAUGGGCCGGAACCAUGGGUAUGGCUAUAAGUCUCCUUAUUCGAGCUGAACUAGGUCAACCUGGCAACCUGUUAGGCAAUGAUCACAUUUAUAAUGUUAUCGUUACAGCCCAUGCAUUUGUCAUAAUUUUCUUUAUAGUAAUACCUAUUAUAAUUGGGGGUUUCGGAAAUUGACUAGUACCCCUAAUAAUUGGCGCUCCUGACAUAGCAUUUCCUCGUCUAAAUAAUAUAAGCUUCUGACUUCUUCCACCAUCUUUCCUACUUCUUCUUGCAUCAGCCAUAGUAGAGGCUGGUGCCGGGACAGGCUGAACAGUCUAUCCGCCUCUAGCGGGAAACUUCUCUCACCCAGGAGCCUCUGUAGAUUUAACUAUUUUCUCACUACACCUAGCAGGUAUUUCUUCUAUCUUAGGAGCUAUUAAUUUUAUCACAACUAUUAUUAAUAUAAAACCCCCUGCUAUAUCUCAAUAUCAAACCCCCCUGUUUGUUUGAUCAGUUCUAAUUACAGCAGUCCUAUUACUCCUAUCCCUACCUGUAUUAGCUGCUGGUAUUACAAUACUAUUAACAGACCGUAAUCUCAAUACUACUUUCUUUGACCCUGCUGGAGGGGGGGAUCCGAUCUUAUAUCAACACCUAUUCUGAUUUUUCGGCCAUCCUGAAGUCUAUAUUCUUAUUUUACCUGGCUUUGGAAUAAUUUCACAUAUCGUAACAUACUACUCUGGAAAAAAAGAACCUUUCGGAUAUAUAGGCAUAGUCUGAGCUAUAGUAUCAAUCGGAUUUUUAGGUUUUAUCGUAUGAGCCCACCAUAUAUUUACUGUUGGAAUAGACGUAGAUACACGAGCCUAUUUUACCUCUGCCACUAUAAUUAUUGCAAUUCCAACCGGCGUUAAAGUCUUUAGCUGACUCGCCACACUGCACGGAGGAAAUAUCAAAUGAUCUCCAGCAAUACUCUGAGCCCUAGGCUUUAUUUUCCUUUUUACCGUAGGGGGCUUAACCGGUAUUGUAUUAGCAAAUUCAUCACUAGAUAUUGUAUUACACGAUACAUACUAUGUUGUAGCUCAUUUCCACUAUGUCUUGUCAAUAGGGGCUGUCUUUGCUAUUAUAGGAGGCUUUAUUCACUGAUUCCCUCUAUUCUCGGGCUAUACCCUAGACCAAGUCUGUGCCAAAGCACAUUUUAUUAUCAUAUUUGUAGGUGUAAAUUUAACCUUCUUCCCACAACACUUUCUUGGCUUGUCCGGAAUACCCCGACGCUAUUCCGAUUAUCCUGAUGCCUAUACCACAUGAAAUAUUGUAUCAUCCAUAGGCUCCUUUAUUUCUCUAGUAGCUAUGCUACUUAUAGUUUAUAUAAUUUGAGAAGCUUUUGCCUCGAAACGUAAGGUUCUACUAAUUGAACAACCUACGUCUAAUCUAGAGUGAUUACAUGGCUCCCCACCACCAUACCACACAUUUGAUGAGCCAACAUUCAUUAAAGUAAAAUAA